AUGAUGAGGUCGGAUCGCAGACAGCUAUACAUGAGCGCACGCUUAAGGCUGCGGCGGCAUCCCAAGCAGGCCCUCCUCGUUGUCGUCGGCCUAUGGCUCGCCAUCUGCCUUUUCACCUUUGACCGUCUCGUCCAUCACAAGGACUUUGGAAGGUGGUUCUGGAACUAUGCCAUCUCGUGGCACCCGGCCCUCGCUCACAUUGUCCCCAUUGGCGACUGGACCCCUUGCUGUGAGAACCCACCUCGUUGGUUCCCAGAUAUCUAUGAAGCCCCUUGGAUGGGCACCUUCCAAGCUCCUACCCUCUCCGCGCCCGUGUACAACAAAGAGGGCCUGCUCAUCAGCCCCGUCAUCGCCAAGCUCAACAUCUUCUCCACCGUCACCGAGGAAGCGCGCCAGAAACGUCACCUCAUUCGCAGCUUGACCGUCCUGGAUCAGCUGCCUCCGGCGUACCGCCACCUCGUCGAGGUCAAGUUUGUCCUUGGUCACGCACAAAACAAGGAUGGAACGGUCAACGAGCAGAUGGAGGCCAUCAUCGACGAGGAACAGAAAAAGCACGGCGACCUCAUUCGUCUCAAGCUCAAGAACGGCGAGAACCUUCGUGAGGGCAAGCUCCUCAACUGGAUCCGUGCAGUCGGAGCUGGUGAGGACGGUGGCCGUCCAGGCCAGUAUUUGUUCAAGGUCGACGAUGACUCCAUUCUCAACCUGCCCAAGUUCCUCGACGUCCUGGUCACACUGAACCCGCAAGACCCCAUCUACCUCGGCACGUCGCUGAACCGUUGGCCUGCGUUCCACGCCCACAUGACGGGCAUGGUCACCGGCUUUAGCUGGCCUCUUGUUGAGACACUCACAGCUGGUAUCACCAACAUGCCGCGUUCGGAGAUUGAGGCAUGGUACGACGACGAUGUGCUCACUGGCGAGGUCAUGUAUAACCUUCCUUCGGCCCCGAACUGCCGUGCGCCAGCCAAACCCGAUGGCCAGCAGCUUACCAAACCGGCCUAUUGCGACCCUCGCACUCCGCCCCCUUGGGGUUGGGUAUCCAAUCCUCCAAACAAGGACCCGCGUACAGGUCUCAUCCGCUACGAUUUCUUGCGCCGCAUGGCCGACCCCAAGCUGUGGUUCUUCUGUCCUGGAGACAUUGUCAGCCACUCGUGGCACUACAAGUUUUUGGACGACUACAAGCGCGCCUGGACGAAGAGGAUCAAGGGCAAGAUGUGGAACCCGCCUCGCAAGAUGAAGGCUCUUGCUGACCCCAACGCUUAG